CGAGAGACCAAAGAAAUAAUAAGUUAAAGAAAAUAAAAGAAUCAAGAUCGAUCCAUGGCCUCCAUGGAAUUCUCAUCGGUGGUCUUGGUUCUUUUAUUGGCUUGCACUCUUUCCCUCCAGGAUUCCGUUCUCGCUGAUAUUAUUUGCGAGAAUUUACCCAUAAAUGCCUGCGCAUUUUCCGUCUCAUCCAUCGGAAAGAGAUGUGUGUUAGAGAACUCGAUAAAGGAUAACGGCAAGGUGGAGUAUGAAUGCAAGACGUCGGAGGUGGCGGUCGGGACCAGCAUGGCGGAAAACUUAGAGACUGAUAACUGCGUGAAAGCAUGCGGCGUUGGUCGGAAAACUGUUGGCAUGUCGUCGGACGGGUUGCUAGACCCAACUUUCACGGCCAAACUUUGUUCCCCAAAAUGUUACAAUAAUUGCCCCAACAUUGUAGACCUGUAUUUCAGCAUGGCCGCGGCUGAAGGAGCCUACUUGCCUGACUUAUGCGAGAAGCAGCAAAAAGUGAGCCCACGUCGUGGCAUGAUUCAGCUUCAGAGCGACGGUGCUGCCACGCUUGAUUCCGAUAGUGCUGAGUGGUAUGCCGAUGCUGAUUGGUAUCCCGAUGCAGAUGGUCCUACACAGUUGAAGAACACCCGGCGUGCUAUGAUUGAGUUUUUGAGCAGUGGCGGCGUUUCUAGUGAUGAUUUUGAUGUUGAUGCACCAGCACCAUCUCCCUCUUAUUUUUGAUUAUAUUAGAUGGGGAAGGAAAGAGAUUCUUAUCAUAUUUUGGUUUUGAAGCUAGUUUGAGAUUUUUAUCUCAACAGAACAUCAAUAAUAUACUCCUUUUGCAUGCCU